CACCACCUAACGGUCAUCUACCGUCCACCUCACCGCGCAGAUCCAUCCAGCGCUCCGGCUGUGCGACUUUUACAGAACUACAGUCAUGAAUCUUACAGAUAAUCUGUAUUAAUUAGAGGAAUUGUUGUCGAAAGUUGUUUAAAUUCAAGUUUGUUUUGUCGGACCACACGCGGCGCUUCCCAUCCCUCAAAAUGGCCGAGAUCACCGAGAUACGAGCAGCGUACGAUAUGUCCCCCGUGCUUGCGGGUUUUAUCGGCGCUGGCGUUCUGGUGGUCGUGGUGGUGGCUCUAAUUUUCGUGUGGACCUGCUGCCAGAAGCGCUACCAGCGAGUGACCGGCAACCACAAGCUCCACGGAGUCCAGUCGGAGUACGGCGACCCGUUAAUAGACCCGCCGUACAAGUUCAUCCACAUGCUGAAGGGCAUGAGCAUCUACCCGGAGACGCUGACCAGCAGCAAGAGGAUCGUACGGCUGGUGCGACGGGUCGGCGGCAACGGCAACGACGUCGAGCAGGCCAGAAGGGGCUGCCCGGUCGUCAUGGUGGACGCCGGUACGGAGAAGAGCCCGGAGGAGACGCCGCGGGUGGAGACGGACGCCGUCCCUCGUCUGGAGCGAGAGCUUCCCGUUCGCUCGGACUACUGCUGCCUGGAGAAGACCUGGAGCGGAGACAGCCAGAGCUCCAGCGCCACGGGGUCCGGCGGCGCCACGCCCUUCACCGACGAGGCCGAUCGCGGGACGCUCGGCCUCGCCGUCGACUACAACUUCCCUAAGAAGGCGCUGGUGGUGACCGUCCUGCAGGCGCAGGGGCUGCGCGCGGUGGACGGCCAGGCGGGCAGCGCCGACCCCUACGUCAAGAUGACCAUCCUGCCCGAGAAGAAGCACCGCGUCAAGACCCGCGUCCUGCGCAAGACCCUGGAGCCGGCCUUCGACGAGACCUUCACCUUCUACGGCGUCCCCUACAGUUCAGUCUCCGAGCUCACGCUGCACUUCCUGGUGCUGAGCUUCGACCGCUUCGCCCGCGACGACGUGAUCGGCGAGGUGCUGGUGCCACUGGCUGGCGUGGAGCUCAGCUCGGGCAAAGUUCACAUCACGCAGCCCAUCAGCAAGAGGAGCGUGCAGUGCGUGAGCCGCGGCGAGCUGCUGGUGUCCCUGUCCUACCAACCCGUCUCUCACAGACUCAGCGUGGUGGUGCUGAAGGCCCGACACCUUCCCAAACUGGACAUCACCGGCCUGGCUGGAAACCCGUACGUGAAAGUAAACGUGUUUUACAACCGCAAACGCAUCGCCAAGAAGAAGACGCACGUGAAGAAGUGCACGCUGAACCCCGUCUUCAACGAGUCCUUCAUCUACGACGUGCCCGCCGACCUGCUGCCCGACAUCUCCAUCGAAUUUCUGCUCAUGGACUUCGACCGCACCACCAAGAACCAGGUGGUCGGGCGUCUGGCGCUGGGCACGCACAGUCCCUGCCCGUCUGGCGCCACCCACUGGCAGGAGGUCUGCCAAAAUCCACGCCGGCAGAUCUCCAAGUGGCACAGCCUGAGUGAAUACUGAGGCUGCUCGCUCUUUACUCUACACACACCUGAUCUAACACACACACACACACACACACACACUCAUACAGCACACUCGGGCUGUACGAUAGAUGCCUCGACUCAUCGGUCUCUCGGCGGGACCUGAGGAGCACAGAGGUCCAGAGCUAAUUCACACAGAGACCAAAUCACUCUCAUGUACACUGAUGUGAGACUGUUAUGAAGACAAUAUCCCGAUCAGAGCAGUCGUGAUUGUGCGUAUCUAGGUGCAACGUACGCCACAGGACCGCGUCACACGCCCGCUGUACUGUAUCUCACUGCACUGCAUGUCUAAUGUCUACAUCUCAGCAUCUACUGUAAAAAAUAAAUAGCAGCCGAUACUAAAAAAACGAACCAUUACACUGUAGUAGCGUACAAGUCUAAACGUAUCGUGGCGUGCACACGUUCAUUCCCCGCCUGUAUAACGACCUGCGGUCAGAUCGAGUCCAGCUUGUCCGUUAACCGCCUUAUUUCUCAGUGGCCUUGAUUUUCUUUUGUUAAAUUAGAAAAAGCACGUUGCUGGAGAUCGUUGCGUGACUCUCCGUGCACGAUACGGAUCUUCCAUAUGAAUUCGCCUCAUGCAGGUGAAAAGAAGUGGUGUUGGAAGGGAUUACUGAACACACUAGAUUCUGGCAUUGUCACAUUUGCUCAACACACAGACUCGAUAAGUCUGUGUAGAUUGCAGGGAAACUGGGAACAUCAUAGGGAAGUCCCACAAAUCAAUCAUAUACAAACACUGGAAUACAAUAAAAAUAGCUUUCGCUCUCAAAAUAUUCACCUUUAUUUGUCAUAUAUUCAUAUAUACACGUGUACAGUACAAUUGAAUUAUUUUUCCCUACAUAUCCCAGCUCAUUUGGUAAUAGGGUAAUAGGGUCAGCGCGCAGGGUCAGGGUUAACGGCCUUGCUCAAGUAAUUCGCCUUUAAUUUAACGUUGUUGUUUUUAUUAAUCGUUGAGUGAUCCUUGUGUGACGAAAAAGUCAUUCAUGGUCAGUGUUACCACCUCUUUAACCUGGACAGGGUCGCUGUGGGUCUGAUUUAUUCAUCAAAAUGCAGGAAACACCCACACAGGUCGCCAGUCCAUCACAAACUAGGCCACACUAUGCCUGUCUAGUUUAUUGAUUCUAAUUAGGGUGUUUUGUAGGAUUCCUUCUGUAAUCAGGGCUUGAUUGUUCUGUUUGUCCCCACAAGCUAGCCAUCUAAUCCGAAUCCCUUCUGUAAAAUAACCUGCAUUAAUUACUGUACAGAGGAUAAAGCAGACUCAUGUUGGCCAGGUUCUGGUUCUGCUAUCACACGAUGAUUAGACUGCAGGUACAAACUGUGAUAUACAGACAAGACGUGAACUGCAAUCGACUGCAAUCAGUGUGGACAGUUUAUCAGAGUUGUAACAUGACUUUACUGUUGCUUUUAUAAUUUAGCAUCAUUGAUCUAUGCUUUAAUGUAAGCCUUUACUCAAAACUAACUGAGAAACUCCACAAAAGUCAAAAAACGUCAGAAACGUCACACGUGCUGAAGCUGCCUUUCGUCGGUCAUAGAAUAAAACGACUCUGUAAAUAUUGUACAGUAUGUAAACUGAGCACCGGUGUGUUCACACUAUGAUGCUUCUACAUUCACUGAACACCAACAGCAUGAUUGUUUUCAGUCGGACAGGUUUGACGUGGUGUGUUUACUGAAGAACUAAACGUUAUUAUUAAUAAACGUUCUGUGUAAUCUAAUAGGACUGGGUUAGUAGGAUGUAAAGGUGAAGACUGUUGAUCUGUGCAGACUAGAACAGGAUUAGAUUUUAGACUUAACUACCCACUAUUACUUCUCUAACCAGCCUCAGAGCUCAACUUUUAUUAAAUAGGGUCGUUUAUUAUCCACAACGACCCCUGGAAGAAUACUGAAGGCAAACGGCUUUCUGUACACGCAUCAAGUGUUCUAAUUACAAUCUAAAUGAAUAAAAGAAAAACUCAACCUUCACUUAAUAAUUCAUGGGUAAACAAUGGAUUGAGAACACUACAGGUAGAUUAAAAAGAAUAAACUGAGGAAUUGUUUGUUUGCCUGUAAGCCUGUACCCACUAUAGCCUCUCAUCUCUUGCCUGACAGGAGUGAAACUGCCGCUCUCUGGAUGUUUUUGCACAGUUUUAGUUCAGAUUCGAUUGUAAAAUACUCUGAAACAGACAAAAAUACCACAGUAACACUCAGAUCCCUUAUCUAAUAAUUGAUGUCGACAUAAACUGAAGCUCGUGACCCUUUGACUGACUAAUUUUAUGUACUGAGGAAUCGUUCGUUUGGAACAGAAAAUAACUUGUUGAUAGCUGAAGGCUUGGUGACAUUUGCUAAAUACGACACAUUAACCUGUAUGUUGUUCUCACUCAGACCGAAUGUGCAAAAUAAAUGUGAUAAAAAUAAAGAAA